AUGCCCGCUUUCAAGGAUACCUCAGACACGAGCGGGUCGAUGAUCCUUCCAACAUCUAAAAUUGACGUUGGCGGCUUCAGCAAUGGUAUUUCAGACGGCGAGAUACCAGCGGUUGGAAAUCAUGUCGAGUAUAAGAUUGAUGAGAUCAAAGUCAAUGGUGGCCCGUUGAACGGUCACCAAGCACGACCAGCAACUCACCAAGAUGCAGACACUGCACCCGUAUCUGACUGCACUAUACCUGUCAAUGAUCAGCUUGCGUUCACGCCACGGAAGCUCCGCGUUAUCACAGUUGGUGCAGGGUUUUCGGGAAUGCUGAUGGCUCACAAGCUCCAGCACAAGUUCCCCGAAAUGCGGGAGAUUGUCGAGCACAAAAUCUUCGAAGCAAGGCACGAUAUCGGCGGUACCUGGUUGGUGAACACCUACCCAGGUGUACAGUGCGACGUUCCAUCGCAUAUCUAUGCUUUCCCGUUCGACCCAAGUCCGGAAUGGACCCGCUUCUACUCAAGUGGCAAAGAAAUACACGAGUACAUCAAGCGGACGGCCAAGAAGUGGGACCUUGAGAGGGAUGUCCAAUUGAAUACGCGAGUCACAUCCGCCGUCUGGCAAGAGGGAGAUGGUGUAUGGGAAGUCACAGUUGAGUCAGGGGGGGUGCAGCGCAAAGAGUUUGCAGAAGUGCUGGUCUCGGCACAGGGGGGCUUGGAUACUUACAAGUGGCCUGGAAUCGAAGGCAUCGACUCUUUCGUUGGACAUCGUGUUCACUCCGCGGCAUGGGACCAUGACUUUGACUACUCGAAUAAACGCAUUGCCGUGAUCGGCAAUGGGUCAUCGGGCAUACAGAUUGUCCCUCAACUUGCGAACCUACCAGGCACCACAGUCAUGAACUUUGCUCGUGGGCCUGCUUGGAUCUACUACCGGGUGCCACCCUCUCAGCAUCUCGGUGGAGACACAAUCGACAAAAACCCGCUGUACAGCGAAGCACAGAAGAACGAGUUCCGCCGCAACCCUGAAAGCAUGAAGGAGCAUCGCAAGGCAAUGAUUGGUAGAACCAACAAGGCCUUCAGGAUGUUCAUCAGAGGUUCCGAGGCCAACAACGGAGCGAUGCGCAUUGCUGAAGAGCAGAUGCGCGAACGCCUUCAACACGACCAGAGGCUAUGUGACAUGCUGAUUCCGAAAUGGCCUCUGGGCUGCCGCCGAAUCACACCCGGGGAAGGCUACUUGGAAUCCUUUCUCAAGCCGAACUGCGACCUCACCACGAGCGCGAUCGUGCGCAUCGUGGGCAACAAGAUCCACACGGCGGAUGGCAAGGAUUUUCAGGCCGACGUCCUGGUAUGUGCAACCGGCUUUGAUGUCUCCUUCCGCCCUCACUACCCUACCUGGGGCCAGCACGGUAUCAAUCUCCGGGAGCAGUGGGCCGGGCACGCACCCGAGUCGUACCUCUCAGUCGCCGCCCCCAACAUGCCGAACUACUUCACGAUGCUCGGGCCCCGCGCCCUUGCUGCCCACGGCUCUCUCCUGGAGGCCAUCAGCUGGAAUGGCGACUACAUGGUGAAGUGGCUGAAGAAGAUGGCGGAGGAGGACAUCAAGUGCAUCGUGCCGAAGACAGAGGUCGUGAAGCACCUGAUGGCCUAUGGCGAUGAGCUGCAUAAGACUUUGGUGUGGACGGGUGGCUGCAAGAGUUGGUACAAGCAGGGAACGGUCGAUGGGAAGGUGACAGCGUUGUUCGCCGGGAGUGGGAUGCUGUACCACAGGUUGAUACGAGAGUUGCGGCCUGAGGACUUUGAGAUUGUGUAUCGAAGCGCGAACACGUGGAGGUUCUUGGGCAAUGGGUUCACGGCGUUCGAAUUCGACGAGAAGAGUGACUUGGCUUGGUAUAUUGAGAAGUGA